UGAAUCAACCAAUGAAAGGGUGUCUCUGGUCAUUUCUCCUGAAAUACAACUUUGUGGUCGAUUCUUUGCGUCUUUAACUGCAAGCUUUCUCGGCAUAACCUUUACACUCGAUCACGACCGAUUACCUCAUAGCUGAGAUCCAUGUUAAGGUUAUCCCAUUAAUAUUUACCCAAUCCAAUAGUUUAUAUUCACUUCAAGUACCUUAAAUUAGUGAAAGAAGCAUGUUUUACUAUCCUACUGCCUUGCAGCGCCACACAGGCUGCUUCACUACCAUCUGGCUUGCUGCUACAAAGGGGAUUAAAUUGUCGCGACGGGAGUUUUUAAAAGUCAACGUAAAAAGAACAUGCGAAGACAUCAUGGACUACGUGCUGGUCCGGAUGCCGCCCCCUCAGUCGGGUCUGCCCCGCCCCCGCUUCUCCCUCUACCUGUCCUCCCAGCUCCAGUACGGCGUGGUGGUCGUCUAUCACCACCAGUGUGGCCUCCUACUGGAUGAAAUACAAACUACUCUGGAGAGAUUGAACAAACAGAAGGCACCGAAAUCGAUCAACUUGAAUGACAAAGAUAGACCCGAGCUUCUCCUCCCUGAUGCUCUGCUCCUCCUGCAUGAGACAGAGGGGGCCAAGGACCCCCUCUUUGGUGUGAUGAUCUCUGGAGAGGCCGUGCCCAGCCCCCGCACAUUGACACAGAUGAGUGAUAGGUUUGCGCUUUCUCAGCCAUCCAGCAGUCCUAGCACCCGCACACCGAGCAACCGGACUGCCACUCCAGAGUCCAUCACUCUGAGAGAGAGACAGCCCGUCACUAUACCAUCCGCAGAGUUUGAGGGGCUGGAGCUUCCCGAUCAUGAUGCAGGGAUGAUCGAGUUCCUCCUGGCCCAGGACGAAUACUUCCCCGAGGGCAGAGAGAUAGAGUUGGAGAGAGCAGAAGAGGUCGCAGAGAGAGACAGAAGCAGAGAGACCACAGGCUUCACUGGACCGUUACAGCCCACCAUGAUUGCUAGUGAAGACGCCACACUACUGCCACAGGAGGACUUUAGCCCAGGACCCUGGCCCCCCACAGGGGAAGUGACGCCGUUGGCUUCCGCUCGGAUGCCCUCUCUUCCUGGGGCCGAAGAGCUGGAAACACUUAUAAGAAUACGAAGUCCCACUUUGGAGGUCCCGAGGAAGAGGAGGGCUCGGAGGAGGGGGCAGCUCCUCUUCUUCGACCCGGAAACCCAGCUGAGCCAGGAGGAGCUGCAGCGGUGCAUCGAAGACCCCAUGACGGAGACGGAGAUCAUCCCACUGGCCCCGGACCCCACUCACAGGAGGCUGUCUGCGGCCUACCUGCUGACAGAGCCCUGCAACGUCUUGCCGGAGGCGAUACUGCGGCUAUGGAGACAGGCUGCGACCCUCACCCCGUUGGGCCCGGACCUGCAGGCGGGCCCGAGGGGGGCAGGGUCCACCGACUCGGAGAUAGGCCAAGAGGCCCAGAGAGAGCGGGACACACAGGACAUACAGGAGCUGCAGUCCAUGGAGAAAUUGAGAGCAACGGCACACUCCCCCACGUCAUUAUCUGAUAUAUCCGGCCAGUCCAUACACCCUCUAGAGACCUCAGACAAGGCACUGAGCAGAGAGACAACACCCCAUGUAACACCUGAGAUGAAAGGACUGGCGGGCAUCCCAGAGGAAGUCGACAUGGAGGUUGGUGAUCCGAGCUUCUCUGUGGAUCUCCCAGGACUAUUGGACGAUGAGGAAGAGUCGUCGCUGCUCUUCCACUCGCUGAUCCCCCCCCUGGCCGACCGCAAGGCCGUGAGCUCCUUCUUCUGGAGCCUGCUGGAGAAUGUAGCAGCCAAGAAACUGAGUGUGGAACAAGAUGAGCCCUACAGCGGCAUCACAAUAUCACGUGGACCCAACUAUGAGGCGCCAUUUUACUUUUAUAAAACUGACCAUCCAGACACUGCAUAGCACGUACACCGGUUACAUAGUGGACUGUGUGGUACGCCAUAGAUUGUGUUUCAUUGUUGUAUUGCAGAAGUUUAGGAUCGAUCUCUGAUCCAUUUUAUAUUGAUAAUUGUUAAUCAUAAGCAAUACACAAAGUAAAAAGUUAAAAAAUAUCUAUAUAUAUAUAUACAAUAUCAUUUUAAUG